AUGAGUGUAAUAAAAAUUACAAAAACUAAUUUCGCAGGUAAAAUAGUAGGAGGAGAAUUUUCAAGUAUAAAAAAUUUUCCCCAUUCCGCUUUCAUCGUCAUAAACAGUGGAUACAGAUCUUCUACAUGUGGCGCAUCCAUACUCAACCAAGCCAUACUACUAACUGCAGCUCACUGCAUUUCAAAGUGCACAGGAAAAUGUAACAUAAAAGCUUACUUCGGAUCUGAACGAAAAAGUAGAGGCUUCGAAAGAAAUAUCAUCAGUUUCAAGAUUCAUGAAAAGUAUAAUACUGAUACUAAAGCUCAAGAUAUUGCUCUGAUGAGGUUAGAUAAGGAUUUGCAGUUUAGUAAAAAAGUAAAGAGAGUUAUCAUAAUGAAGAAACUACCAAAGUACGAUACUGCCGAAGUAGCUGGGUGGGGCUGGAGUAAUGCCAGGGGCUCAAAGAGUGAAAUGUUGAAACACGCAAAACAGCAGGUUUUUAGCAGAAGUACAUGCUAUGAUAAAGUGAAAGUUAUACCAGUAGGAACUUUUUGCGCGACCGAUUUCAAUAGCUAUCCUGAAAAGGGCGACUCCGGCAGUGCCCUCGUGAUCAAGGGUUCCAUCCAGAUCGGCAUUGUAUCCUUCAAGAAGAGACAGUACACAAACGAAACCAUCGUGUACACCGACGUCCCUUACUUCUACGACUGGAUACGCAAUAACGCAAGGGAGUUGUACUGCCAAGACUUGAAGAAAAAGGGAAAAAAGUUGAUUGAAAAAAAUAAUAAAAAAUGGGAGGAAAAAACUUUUAUCAAAAAGAUAUGGCGAACGGAGGAGGAAGACUUUAAGAACUGUAAUUUUAUAUAA